AUGGCCAAACUCAUAGAGAAGUUUUGGCGUCUUGAAGAAGCGUGCUUUCAAGACUGGGAACCAAAGCAACAUGACGAAUGCGAGGCGGAAAGUCACUUCCGCACAACGUUAGAGAUCGCUCCCGACGGGAGAUACAUUACACGAAUGCCCCUACGGGGGGAGCCGUCAUCGUUAGGCGACUCUUAUCAACAAGCAUAUAGAAGAUUCACAUCGCUUGAGCAAAGGCUCAAGCGGAAUGCAGACCUGUACAAAGAGUACAGGGCAUUCAUGAAUGAAUAUGAAACACUGGGACAUAUGGUACCAGUCACCACAGAAGACUUUCACAAAGUAAAGUAUUUCAUCCCUCACUCGUGUGUGGUGAAACCAGAUUCAACAUCCACCAAGGUUAGGGUGGUGUUCGACGCAAGUGCAAAGACGUCAACCGGAGUAUCCCUGAACGAUAUACAAAUCGUGGGACCAACCAUUCAAAAGGACUUAUUUGAUCUGCUAAUUGAUUUCAAGACGCACAACGACGUGCUAGUAGCAGAUAUUGCAAAGAUGUACAGACAAAUUCACAUCGCAUACACAGACACUUGGUUACAAUGUAUUUUGUGGCGCGACAGCCCCAAUGAUCAAUUGAAAGCGUAUAGACUGACGACUGUCACAUAUGGUGAAGCGUCUUCAUCAUUCUUGGCCUGUAGGGCACUACACGAAGCAGCUGAAGAUUAUCGGUCGGUAAAUCCGAGAAUUGCCGACACCAUUCAACGAUCGUUCUAUGUUGACAAUCUAAUGAUUGGAGCGUCCAACGCAGAUGAACUGACGGAGACGAAACGAGAAAUAGAGCAUGCAUUGUCACUUCAUGGAUUUCCACUUCGAAAGUGGGCAUCAAACAACGCAAGCGUACUGGAAGGAAUUCCAGAGAAAGACUUGGAACCAUUGAUCCAAGUUGGUGACCAAGAGGUCAUAAAGACAUUGGGGAUAGCCUGGAACCCCAAAACAGACGUGUUCCAGUUCAUCAGUACGAAAAACAUAGGUGAAACAUACGAAGCGCUCACAAAGCGACAGAUGGUCUCGAAGAUUUUGAGACUGUAUGACCCAAUCGGAUUGAUACAACCUGUAAUCAUUACAGCUAAAAUAUUGAUGCAAGAAUUGUGGACUUAUAACGUCAGCUGGGACGAUGAUGUUCCAGAUCAAGCACUAAGCUCAUGGAAGAAGUUCGAAGCUUCAUUAGUGGAGCUCAGCAAGAUAGAAAUACCUCGGAUGUCGACUCCGAGUCAUACGAUCGCACUAGAUUUACACGGAUUCAGUGACGCCUCCGAAAAGGCUUAUGGAUGCGUCAUUUACUUACAUGCAAUCAACUUAAAAGGAGAAGAGAGUACGAAUCUCUUAUGUUCGAAAUCGAGAGUGGCGCCUUUGAAGAAGGUCACUCUGCCCCGUCUGGAACUCUUGGCGGCGGCACUUCUAGCAGAACUAACUGCUAAAAUAAAGAGCAUUCUGGCCGGUCGAAUCUCGUCGGAAUAUUACUACAGUGAUUCACAAGUAGCGCUAAGUUGGAUCAAAUCUUCAAAUACACGUUGGGGAACCUUCAUUAGAAAUAGAGUGCAGAAGAUACACUCCACCACGAAUCCAGAGCAUUGGAAAUAUAUAUCUACGAAAGAAAAUCCGGCUGAUAUGGUUUCGAGAGGAAUUCCAGUCAGAAAAUUACGCGAAGCAAAACUAGAAUUUUGGUUACACGGACCGGAAUGUAUACGAAGAAGACAAUAUUAUCUGCAGAGCGGCUACGAAUACACUGCUGCUGCAGAACAGGAAGAGAUUAAAGAACCAAUAACACGAUUGGUAGCAGCAACAGGAAAGGCAUGCGAAGACUUAAUCGCAAAAUACCCGCACCAUCACACUCAUGACAAAACAGUAAGACACUUUGCAUGGCUGUGUAGAGCCAUAAACAAUAUGAAGAAGGUCAAUAAAGACACAGGCAUCAGAAACGAAAAGAGAUCGGGCCCACUCACCACCACUGAAUUGAAUGAAGGACUAACACUCGUAGUCCGAAUUAUGCAAGCCACUAUUUAUCCAAAUGAAGUAGCGGAAUUACGAAAAACUGGGAAGGUGCCUACGAAAGGACCUUUCCAGCAUCUCAACGCAAUCGUCAGAAAUGGAGUCAUACAUGUCACAGGGAGACUCCACAAUGCAGAAAUGCCCAUCUCACAAAAGAAUCCAAUAUUGAUUCCCAAAUCGCACCCAUUUUCGAGGGUAAUAAUUCAAAAAAUACAUGAGGAUAGAUUUCACGCCGGAACAGAUCUGGUAAUAAACGAAUUUCGACAAAGAUUUUGGAUGAGGGAUCUCCGAAGGACCGUACAAGGAGUCAUUCAACGAUGCAUCUUAUGUGCCAAAGCGCGGCCCAGACGUUUACAGCAACGAAUGGGACAACUGCCCUCGCCCAGGGUAAAUGAAUCAGUAGCGUUCACUCACACGGGAGUGGACUUAUGUGGGCCAUUCGAAGUAUAUCUCAAUCAAAAAUCGAAAUGCAAGACCACAGCAUAUGCUUGCAUCUUCAUAUGUUUUGCGACCAAAGCAGUUCACCUAGAAGUCGUCGAAGAUCAGUCGACGGCAGCGUUCAUAUCAGCACUUCUCCGUUUCACAUCAGUGAGGGGAAUACCCGAGGUUAUUUACUCCGACAAUGGGCGGAACUUUGUCGGGGCCAGCAGAGAACUCAAUCGUUUACGAAGAAUAUAUAACAAUGAAGUUUUUCAAAACAAAUUAGUUGAUAUUGCGGCAACUCACAGAAUAAGAUUUUCAUUCAUUCCACCCCGAAGCCCCAGCUUUGGAGGACUUUGGGAAGCGAACAUAAAGGUAGCCAAGCGGCUCUUUAGUGCAGCGGCCAGAGGAGCACAGCUAAACAUCAUGGAAUUGCAGACACUGUUCUACCAAGUGGCCGCAAUAAUGAAUUCGCGACCACUCACACCUGUUUACACGACGCCAGAGUCACCGACCGCGAUCACACCCGGUCAUUUUUUGAUAGCACGCCCAAUGCUAGCCGUGCCCAUCCCUACGCAGAGUAAGGAUGGAAGCAAUCUCACAACCAGAUGGAAACGAGUACAAUCGCAGCUCGAACAAUUUUGGAGAAGAUGGAGAGACGAGUAUCUCCACCAGUUACGUGAUUAUGCAAAAUGGACCAAGCAACAAGCCAACGUUAAGGUAGGCCAAAUCGUAUUGAUCGGAGACGAUCACCUUCCCGUAGCAAGGUGGCCUAUGGGAAUUGUCACACAAAUACACCCUGGAGAUGAUGGAGUAGUCCGAGUGGCAGUAGUGCGAACCGCUACCGGAAUUUACAAACGCAACGUGCGAACACUUGCUCCUCUACCAGUCGAGGAGCACACCAUUCAACCCAUUAUAGAAGAGUAUGACAACACAGCUGAUAACGAACAGCAAUCUCAAGCCGAAGCAAUCGAACUAGAAGACGAUCCCCCUCCCCAAGCACCCCAAAUGAUUUGGGACGGUAGACUACGCCCUCGUCCCAAAGGGGGGAGAAAAUGGAAGUACACGAAAUCAGAUUGGGUGACGACCCUAUGA